AUUUUUUAUUAGAAAAAUCUCGUUUUCUAGGAAAACGCGUAAGAAGUUUCUUUAUACCUUUUCUUGGCCUUUCUCUGUGUCCCAGUUGUUGAUUUUGUGUGAUCGUUCUAAUUCAUGGAAGUUCAAGAAACAAGCCAAAUUCUUGAGCUAGUAUUGACUGAAGACCUGUAAGCCUUAAAAUCAAUUUGUUUUGCUAUCAUCCAACAAAAAAAGGUGUUCUUGUUCUACAAUUUUUGUUGGGUCAUUUGAGAAUAUUCUUGAAAAUGGGUGAUGCGGAAGAACACGUGAUUGCUGCAGCCUAUCACGUGGUGAAGGCGCUUGAGGCUACUAAGAAUUUGAAUUUCAGUAAUGAUGUGAGAAGACUUCUGGCAGAUCUUGACGCUCACUUGUCCACGAUGACCACAGUCGGUGAGAAUGAGGUCGAGAAGACUAGAGACAUUGAGAAUAGGCUCCGGUCAUCUCAGGAAAAGAUCACGGGAUUGCAUUCAAAUCACUUGAGGAUUUGGAAUUCCAGUCCCGCGAUAGUUUCAGAAUAUUUGCAGGCUGUUGAUGAGGUUCGGAGGUUGAUAGAAACUUUAGAAAGUUACCCCUCCAAGAAAACUUGGAAACAGAGGGACCUGUUGGAUCGAGCUCAAUGUACAUUGCAGAUUGCAAUGACAAGGCUCCAAGACGAACUGGUCCAUAUUCUUGCUCAGAGUAAACAACAUUUUGAGCAAGAAUACAUGUUCUACCCCACUUGUGAAGAAAAUUCUGUAUACGAGGAAUCAGUUGUUUCGAAUGGGGGAGAUUCAGUGCAAGAGGAUAUGUCUCAGAGGGAGAGCAGCAGCACAGAAACUGAGGAAUAUGUAAUGGAUUUGGUCCAUCCAGAUGUCAUUCCUAAAAUCGCGUCUAUAGCAAACAUUAUGUUUGCUUCACAUUAUGAUCAUGAAUUUUGUCAGGCUUUUGUUCGAUUCUGGAGAGAUGAAUUGGCUAAGCAUAUGAUGAUUUUGAAUGUGGAACAAUUCAGCGUUGAGGAUGUGCUGAAAAUGGAGUGGAAAUGUUUGAACUCCAGAAUCAGGAAAUGGCGUCGAGCAAUAAAGAAUGUUGUUGGGAUCUAUCUUGCUAGUGAGAAACGCUUAUUCGACCAAGUUCUGGGAGAAUAUGGAACUAUUAGUUCGACUAGCUUAGUUGAGGCUUCGAAGGUUUCUCUCUUAUGCCUGUUGAACUUUGGCCAUGCUGUUGCAAUUGGACCACAUCGACCAGAACGGCUUUAUUGCUUACUCGAUAUGUACGAGGUUUUAGCUUCUCUAAUUUCAGAUGUAGAAUCUCUGUUUCCAGAAGAGGCUGGGCGUUCCAUUAGGAUCGAAUUUCACGAUCUUUUGAGGAGACUUGGGGAUUCUGCAAAGGCCAUCUUUAUGGAGUUCGGCAACCACAUUGCCUCUCGUGCUUCUAGAACACCUUUUGCAAAUGGUGGCAUCCACCCCCUAACCAAGUAUGUAGUGAACUACAUCCUGUGUCUUGUAGAGUAUGGUGAUACCCUCAAUUUGCUUCUUGCAGAGAAAGAUGGGGUAAAUUUGGAUAUGGGUUCUAAUGAAAACAUUGGGCAGACGACUAUCUCUUGCCCAGUAGCUGUUCACCUGCAGUCGGUGACAUCAAUUCUAGAAGCCAACCUUGACAUUAACUCCAAUCUAUACAUAAAUACUUCUUUAAAGUAUAUAUUUGUGAUGAAUAACAUCCAUUACAUGUACGAUAAGAUCAAGAGCUCCGAAGUCAGGAGAUAUUUCGGUGAUGAAUGGAUUCGUGAACAUAUUGCAAAAUACCGGCGGCAUGCUAUGAGCUAUGAGAGAUUCACGUGGAACUCUAUUCUUAGCUUGAUAAGGAUAAGGGACGAUGGGAAAACCGGAAAGGCAACUCUAAAAGAGAGAUGCCGGGAUUUCAGUAUUGCUUUUGAGGAUGUGUAUAAGAUACAGACAGCAUGGUACGUCCCUAACCUUAAACUUCGCGAAGAGUUAAGGAUCUCGAUUUCACAGAGAGUUAUUCCUGCAUACCGUAACUUUGUUGGCAACAUUACCAAUUCUAUUGGUGAAAAGUACCUUAAGUACACUGUACAUGACUUGGAAUCUUACAUCUUGGAUCUGCUUGAUAAUUCACAGAAGUCGUUGAAACAUCCCGGAUGAAGGAGGCGACAAUUUUAAACAGUAUUUCUCUCUUUCCUUCUGUUGUAAUUAGUAAAAUAAUGUGAUGAAUUUGUCUUAAAAUUCUGUCUAAAAUUAUUUGCAGUCCAAACUUGUGUUUAUAGCUGUAGAGUUUUUACUCUGCCACAUCCCGUAUACAGUAGGGUAAUUGAAUUGUUAAGACGACUUAUACCGAGCAUAUGCUUAUUUUUGGUUUUCUUAGA